CGCCCCCAGCGCGCGUGCUGACGCCUCAGCGGAAGCCGCCCCCCCGGGCGGAAGCGGUGGGGCGAUGGCGGAGGGCGGCGCGGAACCGGGGGAUGAUGGCCCCGGCCCCGGUCCGGGUCCCGGUCCCGGUCCCGACCCUGGGCUGGCCCUGGUCGAGGGCAGCGCCGGGCGUGCCGGCCGCGUCGGGGACCCCGAUGACCUAGUGGCCCUGGCCCGGCAGGUGCAGCAGGCCGAUGACUUUGUCCGAGCAAACGCCUGCAGCAAGCUGACAGUCAUCGCUGAGCAGAUCCGGUACCUGCAGGAACAGGCACGCAAGGUCUUGGAUGAAGCUAACAGGGAUGCUGAUCUGAACCACGUGGCCUGCAACCUUGUGAAGAAGCCAGGAAAUAUUUACUACAUGUACAGGCGGGAGAGUGGGCAGCGGUAUUUCUCUAUCCUGUCUCCUAAGGAAUGGGGUACCACCCCCCAUGAAUUUCUUGGUGCCUAUAAGCUCCAGCAUGACAUGUCCUGGACUCCGUUUGAGGACAUUGAGAGACGAGAUGCUGAAAUAACUGUCCUGGAGAAGCUGCUGAGCCGGCAGGCAGCACUGCCCCCGUGCACGGAGCCCAACUUCCAGGGCCUGACCAAGUCACACAAGUGACCACACAGGACCCCCUGAGCACAGUCCCUGAGUGAGGGGACACUGCCUGUAUGCUGCCAAAGGCAGGGCAAUGAAAGAGACCAAGAAACAAAAAUGCUGAUUGCUCUGUGCUUUAAGGAGACUAAUUCUGCAUUCAGUCUUACUGGAUUUUCUAGUAAUUCAAUAAUUUACUUCAUUGAUCUAUGCCAAGCUGUAGCAAGAGACAGGUGAUACCAGAAGGUGUGAGUUCCAAGAGCACUUGGAGGAAAAAGCAGAAAUUCUUGGGGCACAUGUGAUAAUGCUGUAAAAUAACAUCUCCUAUCUGCCUGGCUCUGGUGUACCUCACUGUGAGUGCUUGAGUCAGGUAAUAAUCUCAGGGCUGGAUUUUUCCCCUUAUUAAAAUGCACAUGUUUAGAGA